CUCCUGCAGAUGUCAUGGCAGCCACAAUACCGGAGCUCCAAGUUUCGCCACGUCUUUGGCAAGCCAGCCAGCAAGGAGAACUGCUACGACUCGGUGCCCAUCACACGCAGUGUCCAUGACAACCACUUCUGUGCUGUGAACCCCCACUUCAUUGCAGUCGUCACUGAGUGUGCUGGUGGGGGAGCCUUCCUUGUCAUCCCCCUGCACCAGACAGGAAAGUUGGACCCCCACUAUCCGAAGGUCUGUGGGCACAGAGGAAACGUGUUGGACAUCAAGUGGAACCCUUUUAAUGACUUUGAGAUCGCCUCCUGUUCUGAGGAUGCUACGAUUAAGAUCUGGGAUAUCCCUAAGCAGCUGCUGGCGAGGAACUUCACAGCCUACAGGAAAGAGCUGGUGGGCCAUGCACGCAGGGUGGGCCUGGUGGAGUGGCACCCCACAGCUGCCAACAUCCUCUUCAGUGCCGGCUAUGACUACAAGGUAAUGGUGUGGAACCUGGACACAAAGGAGUCUGUAAUCGUGAGCCCCGUGAGGACAAUCACCUGUCACCAGGAUGUGAUCCUCUCCAUGUCCUUCAACACCAAUGGCAGUCUGCUGGCCACGGCCUGUAAAGACCGAAAGAUUCGGAUUCUGGACCCCCGACUAGGGACCGUCCUCCAGGAAGCCAACUACAAGGGGCACCGGGCCAGCAAGGUGCUGUUUCUGGGGAACCUGAAGAAGCUGCUGUCCACAGGCACUUCCCGCUGGAACAACCGGCAGAUAGCCCUGUGGGACCAGGACAACCUCUCUGUUCCUCUCACCGAGGAGGAUCUGGAUGGCUCCUCAGGCGUGCUGUUUCCCUUCUACGACUCGGACACCAACAUGCUGUACAUAGUGGGAAAGGGAGAUGGGAACAUCCGCUACUACGAGGUGAGCUCCAGCAAGCCUCACCUCAGCUACCUGACUGAGUACCGCUCCUACAACCCACAGAAGGGCAUAGGUGUCAUGCCAAAGAGAGGUCUCGAUGUGUCCUCCUGUGAGAUCUUCCGCUUCUACAAGCUGAUCACAACCAAAAGCCUCAUUGAGCCGGUGUCCAUGAUUGUACCCCGGCGGUCGGAAUCCUACCAGGAGGACAUCUACCCGCCCACAGCAGGGGCCCAGCCCUCCCUGACGGCCCAGGAGUGGCUCAGCGGCAUGAACAGAGAGCCAAUCCUAGUGUCCCUCAGACCAGGUUCCCAGCUGCUGAGCUUCCAGCCACUGCCUCCAGAGAGAUCCCUUUCCAAUCCUGCACCCGUGGCUUCGCCCCUAUCCUGGGACCCUGGGACACAGCUGGCUACAGACAAUGGCCAGAGGCCCAGCUCCCCGCUGGAAGGGAGGACGCCUCGGUGGGCUGAAGAACACAGGCUGGAGGAGAAGCGGUCCUGGCUCACCAACGGCUUUGACGUUUUUGAAUGUCCCCCACCAAAGACAGAGAAUGAGCUCCUGCAGAUGUUCUACCGACAACAGGAGGAAAUCCGAAGACUCCGGGAACUGGUGAUCCAGCGAGAGGUGCAGGCCAAGCAGCUGGAACUGGAGAUCAAAAACCUGCGCACGGGCUUUGGACAGUUUUGAGCAGAGGUCUCUUGCCAACCUCGCCCUCAGGGACACCGCAAGGCUCCACGGGGAGGUCCAGAACCAAACCACAGGUCCCUGAAAACAACCACUAUUUCUAUAUUUUCUACAAGAAAAUGAAGAGGUUCCGGUGGGCCUUGGUGCCGUUUUCCUAUUGCCUUCUUGCAGCUGCGGGUUCUGUGCCGACUUUGAGAUGGUACCUGCCUUCUGAUCAAUUCUCUUUUUAAGGGUCCCCAAGGAGCUGUGACUUCUCAAGGGGACAGAACUGCAAGGACCCCAGAGAUCAACUUGCCUGUGGAUUGCAGACGAUGGUCAUAGAAUAGGGGGACAACUUGGGCAAGGGGUGGUCCUCCCCACCCACGUCCCAUUCCAACAGAUGGCUUCUUUUCCGUCAGCCUGCUGUGGAGUAUCUACUUUUGCUACUGAAUUAUUAUUUUUUUUCCAAAGUUGGAAAACCAGUGAUCUGGCCCAACUCCCUCAUUCUACAGGUGGGGAAACAAGCCCAGAGAGAGGGAAGUGAGAUUUGUUUCCUGGUGUGGCUGAGGUCCUGGUCUCCUGGGUCUAUCUGUCUGUCUGUCGGUUCUGGGCUGGUGCUGUUCUUAAACACCAGAGUGAGAAGCCAUCACUUCUAGCCUCAAUUGUGUCCCAACUUACUUGGUGGCCUCUUCUUAAGUCCUUCUCUCUGGUCUGUUUCUCCAUCUGAAUAAGGCAGGGGGAGGGGAGAAGAUGCUAGAAUGAGCUGCCCUGCACAUGACUUUCCACCAAAGACCUUGACCUUAACCCUGCUUGGUGGGUGAUGGUCUGAGUCUGCACAGGAAUUUGCAGUGGUCUGGGGGAGAGGGAGCUCAACCUGAGGGGAGUGAGUGAAGAGUCAGCCCAAACUGUCCUUUCAAGCCAGAAUCAGCCUGAAGUGGCAUGACCUCAGGGCUGUGUCCAUGACUGCAGACUCCACAGCCUGUCACCUCCAGAGGGUGGGUGUCUGCCCCGUGAACUGAGGCUCUGGGAGGUGGGGGGACCAGCACCCAUUGCGGCAGAGCCCUGCAGCCACCCAUCAUGGGGGGUUUGGAAGGGAUGGCUGCUGUAGGCGAAGUAGGGUCUGAUGGCUCUUGGGCCUGAAUGCGUUUUCAUGUCCCUUUCUUGUGAGUCUGUGUACCGAGCUCUGCCCUGAAGCUCACUUUUUCAGUGGUCAAUCCGGCAGCCUGGCUGGCAUCUGGAAAGGAUGAGAGGUGACAUUUACUAUCUGCUCACCUCACUGUGUACAGGCAGGAAGUCACACACAGCCAUUUUGGAGUUCAGUUGGGGACUGCAGGAACCAUCCCAACUAGAUUUUAACUCAUGCUGUAAGCAUCCGCUGGGGAUAGACAGACUGAUUCCCAGGCGCCUCCUGGCUCCACUGAUGCUGACUCUCCAGUGGGGGGUGUGGUCCUCUGUAAAGCCUCAGGUAACUACAGUGGGGGUAGUUCUCUAUUGGCAGUGAGGGCAGGACCUAACCCCAGUGUUCCUCCACUUCCUGCUGCUAGCCAUGCCUGGUCCCCUAUCUAUCUGCACUCACCAGAGACUCACUCUCCUUUAUUUGCUGCCCCCUCCCAUUUCCUCCAUCACUAGGGCUUGCUCACGAUGAUGAGCAUUCCAAGCUUGUCUCACUGGGCUCUGGAGUGAAAGGCAAUGUCCCAGACAUAGUCGGGGAAGCAGAGCUCCCGGAAUGAGCCUCUCUGUCCCUUCAUUUGUGGCCAGUGCUUCAGUUUACAGAGCUCCCCCGGCACCUCCAACCCCGUGGUUAGAAGGCAAGACAGCCUAAGAGUAAAGUAUCUUCCUGCCCAGGAACCCUUGGCUCCC